UUUCCAACACAUCCAGCCUCAUAUUCUCUGUCUCUAUUUUCCCCGUCAAACUCCCCGUCGCAGCUUACAACCCAACGCCGCCAACCAAACCCUCCUUUCUCCCUCCUCAGUCGAAAUUUAGCGGCGGAAAAUGGUGAAGGGUCCCGGCCUCUACUCCGAUAUCGGCAAAAGAGCCCGAGAUCUUUUGUACAAGGAUUAUCAGGGCGACCACAAAUUCAGCGUUACCACUUAUAGUCCCAAUGGAGUGGCCAUUACAGCAUCUGGACUAAAGAAGGGUGAAUUGUUUCUGGGUGAUGUCAACACGCAGUUGAAGAAUAAAAACAUUACGACUGACUUUAAAGUCGACACCAACUCCAAAGUUUUCACAACCAUCACUGUUGAUGAACCUGCACCCGGUCUGAAGACAAUCUUUAGCUUUGUUGUCCCAGACCAAAGAUCUGGCAAGGUGGAACUCCAGUACUUGCACGAAUAUGCUGGAAUUAGUUCUAGCAUUGGACUUACUGCAAAUCCAAUUGUCAAUUUCUCUGGUGUGGCUGGAAAUGACAAGCUUGCUCUAGGUACUGACGUCUCUUUUGACACUGCCACAGGGAACUUCACUAAGUACAAUGCUGGUCUUAGUUUUACCAAUUCUGACCUAAUUGCUGCAUUGACCUUGAAUGAUAAGGGCGACACCCUCACUGCUUCCUACUACCACAGUGUUAGCCCAUUGACUAAUACAGCAGUUGGAGCAGAGUUGAGUCACAGUUUCUCUACCAACGAAAAUUCUCUCACCCUCGGAACACAGCAUUUAUUAGACCCAUUAACCACAGUGAAGGCUCGCGUGAACAACUACGGCAAGGCAAGUGCUCUUAUCCAGCAUGAGUGGCGCCCGAAGUCUCUCUUAACCAUAUCAGGUGAGGUUGACACCCGGGCAAUUGAAAAAAGUGCAAAGAUUGGGUUGGCUGUUGCUCUCAAGCCAUGAAGCAAAUGAUUACCAUUGGCUUGGGUAGCACCCCGGCAAUGUUUGCAUGGGCAGAGCAAAUAAAUAGGGCAACAAGAAUCUAGUGAAACUUUGUUUCCUAAAUUCAAUUAAUCUUUUUAUGUGGUAGAAUUGGUUUUCUGAUCUAUUCAUAGUUUGGCUGGUCGGAACCUGUCUGGCUUGGUAUGACUUAUUUUGACUUGGUGAUGGUGAAUUGAACUUUCAAGCAAAGUUUUGUAUGAGAUGCUACAAUUGGUCUAAGCUUCUUCAUAUUGGUUGUCCAUUCCGGACCCAGAUGUGCGACAUGAAACCUCUACUGCAGGAA